GGCGUGGGCAAAGAUCAGUUGGCUGUGUCAGAUUACGUGAAAGGAAUGAGUAUUGUGGGAGCGAAUGGAGUUGAAGUCGAUUACAGAUUUCCAUCAAGUGAUCAAGACAACGAUAAUGCCUUAAAGGUAAUACGGAAUCCUAAAUUUCAUGUUUUUUUCCUAAAUACCCAAGUAGUAACGGCCCAAAAUAAAUUAGGCUUGCAUGUCCUGAACCAGACCAUUUUUUCCCAUCAAAUCAGCUAUUUAUAUAGUGGCAUUUUGAAGAUUUUUGUCGCAAUGUUUGUAGUAACUGGAGAAAGAUGCCUCGAGUUCCUGAGAAGGCAUGCUGGCAGGCUGUGAUAAAGGAUUAUUUACGAAUAAUUAGAACACACUUCCACAGUAAGGAUAUCAAUUUCUUUUUAGUGCAAUAUGGGUUUAUUUGGUGUGAUGACUAGCAUUACUAUGGAGGUUCAACCAAUGGUCAUUGUGAAAGUGGAGAACGAUUUCAGCUGUACUGUUGGAGACCUGUUUUACAAUCCUGCCGCACUGAAACAGCUUCAUGAAAAUAACUGGUCUCUCGAAAUCUUUUGGUUUCCUUUUAACAGUUUGAGCUGGUUGCAGUUGAUCGCCUUGUUCGUCUUGAAAUGUCCAGGUGAGUUUUCUAAAACAACUGAGGUCUAGUUUAAAGAACAAUUAGCGCAAAAGCAAUGAAGUUAAAUAGUACAAAGUGAAAAAUAUCGCAAGAACACAAUCCAUCUUAAAAUUUCUUGCGUGCACUUCUCCACCUUCUUCUUUUACUUUGUUCUAGUGUUUUUGUAUUAAAAAUUUAGACGCCAAAUACGAUUUAAGCCGCAAAGCACAACUGGGUGACAGGAACGUAAAGCCGGCAAUCACCGCUAAACGUAGUAUGGUUUAUAGAGUGUGGAAUUUCUGGAUUCGACGUUAUAUAACAUUCGUAAGGAAGGCUGAUUACGACCAAGGCGCUAUCAAUGCAGGGGCGGGGGCGCUAGAAAUUCCCCGACAGGGACUAACGCCUCCAACAAAGGCGCUAAAUUUUUACACGGAAUAAAUUAUUUAUUUUUCCAUAAAAAGGCUAGAGGGUUCGGGGAUAUGCUCCACCAAGGAAAUCUUUGGUCUUGGGUAAAAAGGUUGGAUUAAACGGAGUUUAUUCCCAAACGAAACACAAAAUUUCCCGACGGGGGAAGGCUAGACUCCACCGACAGGGGACUGUAGCCCUUCUAGCACCUCCAUGACGCCACCCCUGUAUCAGUGUUUUAUAGUAUCAGAAUAUCGAUUGCGUUAUAACUUGAAACUAGCAUUGCUUUGUCGAAGACUGCUUUUAAUAACUUCGACACUCGUCGCAAUUAGCGCGCAAUAUACAAUCUAUAAAAAUGAAAAAUUUUUUUCAGGACUAGUACGUUGGGAACCAAAACACGACAAUCUGUGGGUUAGGAAGAUAAAUAUUGCGGACAUCCCGAAUGAACCUACCCCGAACCAAGUAGAGUAUGAUAUAAAGAAAGUGCAGGAUUUAAUCUCCACCGCAUUUGGGAGAAGCGUUGCCCCGCAUCUAAAAAAAAAACAGUUCCUAAUACCAUCCUUUCUGAAGGCGGGAUUUGAAAUGGUGCAGACGUUCAAUGCAACAACACGAUUUGAGCCCAUGAACAAAGCCAUUCAUUACCAGAGUUUUAUUGAAGUUAUGCCCGUUCUGGACAUGGAGUUUGCUUUUAAUGCUCAUCCAGACACAUUUUCUCGUCAAGUCGAGGCCAUGCAAGCCGCCAUUGUCAUAACUCAAAACUACUACAACGACAAGAAAUUUCCUCUGAGUGUUGCCAUGGAAAUGAGAUGGAUGGCAUACAGCAACUGUCUAAUCUGUCCGGCGCAUGCCGUACACAAGGAAAAUGCCACAGGUGAGGAAAAUUUGCUUGUAAACAGAAAUUACUCAAAUACAGUGUCUUACUUCGAUCACGAUUGA